AUGGAGUACCCUCAUCAACAUCAAAAUGGUGGUGGUGACUUGACAGCAUCCAUGGAUUUAGGAGGUGAUAAAGCAUAUAUGCUAGAACAAAAGAUUAGAGAAUUAACUGAAAGAAUGGAGAAUGAUAGACAAAGGCAACUUCAUAUCGAACAAGAGAACCAACAGUUGAAAAAGAGAUUAGAUGAUUUAGAGAGAAGUAGAGAUUUAUCACAAUCUUCGACGGCUGCUGUAGCAACCUCUGCUGCACCAUCUGCAGUAGCUUCUUCCUCUUCCUCUUCUUCUUCUGCACCUUCUUCAUCAUCUGGCAACAACAAACAAAUAGAAGAGACUAUAUCUCGAUUCGAAGAACAGGUGAUGCAAUUAAAGGUUGUGUUGACAAAGCGACACCCCUCUUCGUCUACACCUCCACUUCCAUCUUCAUCUACGUCUACGUCUGCGACUAGUCCGUCGUUACCAGGUCAAGCACUUGCCGACUCUCAACGAUACCUACCAGUUCUCAAAUCAAAGGUAGAUGAAUUUGAACAAAAGUUUUCCUCUAUCAAAAACAUUCUACUUGAUAUAUCUACCAUCUCUCAACAACCUUUACCAAAUUCAACCAUCUCCAAUAAUAAUAACAACAACAACAUCAAUAACUCCCUCACCAACUCUGUAAAUAACAACUCUAUCAACCAUCCUCCUCCUCAUGUUGUUGUUGUUGUUGACAAUGAGGAUGAAAAAGAAAAAGAUGAAGAAGAAGAGAAACAACAACUGGAAGAAAAAGAAAAAGAAGAGAUAAUUGUACAAAAAGUUAAACAACAAGAAGAAGAAGAAGAAGAAGAAGAAAAAGAAUCAAGACAACCAGAAAAUGUAAAUGAACCACAAAUAACAGAAACAAUACAACAACAACAACAAUCAUCAACAACCCAACCAAAUGUACAAAUCAAAGAAAAAGAGGAAAAAGAAGAAGAAAAAGAAAACGAUCCAAAAGAGAUCAUUAUUAUUGAUGGAAAAGAAAAUGUAAAUUUAGUCAAUGUAAUUGUGAAUGUAACUGAAGACGAUCAAUCUCAAUCUCAAUCUCAUUCACAUUCACAACAACAACAACAACAACAACAACAACCAGAAGAGGAAAAACAAACUCUGGUCAUUUUGAAAAAAGAAUCAGACAUUUUACCAAAAUCAAAUACUGUUACCAGUUUUGAAGAGAUAUCGGUAUCUCUACCCAAUCCACCAUCGACCAUUCCGAUUUUAAUCAAAACCAAUAGCUCUGGAAAUGUAAAUUCAAACUCUACCAACGACCUCGCUUCACUUGCAUCAUCCACUACCACUUUAUCCUCUACAACCACCACCACCACCUCUUCAUCACAACCAAAAGAAGGUUUCCCAUUGAAUCUAUCAUCAUCACCAUCUAAAACUGUUACAACACCAGUUGAAAUCACCUAUAUGAAGGUGGUCAGUCUAAACGAUCCAAUUAUAAAGGAAGGUUACCUCAAAAAGAAAGGUGGAGGAGAAGGAGGUAGACGAAACUGGACAACUCGUUGGUGCCGACUAAAGCAAGAUGGAACAUUAUCCUAUUUUAAAAAGACAAAAGAUACCAAAGCCAAAGGUGAGAUUAAACUUCAUCAGGCCAAAGUAGAGACUCAUAGCGGCAAACCAUUUGGAAUUGUUUUAAUGUCUGGUGUUAGUUGCAAGGGAUUGAUGCGUGACUAUCUUUUAAUGGCAGAAUCCAAAAAAGAACAAGACGAAUGGAUUACUGCAAUCAAUGAUGUCAUCAAAAAGAUUGCUAUUGGAAGUCCAACAAAUACAACUGUCUUGACAUCUUCCACAUCUUCAAUUUCUAGAAGAUAA